GUUUUCCGCCGGUCAGGGGGCGGGGCCACGCGCAGCUCUUUUUUUCCUGCACCAUAACAAACUUUAAAGCUUUAAAGUUCACUCUUUUUCUUCUUCUUUUUCUUCUUCUUUUUUUUUUUUAAACACCACAAGCUUGAAGUGGAUACUUCAAAGAUAUAAUUUAAAAUGGAAAUUCCACCCAUAAACCUGAAGGCCAUCCUGGUGGUCCACUGGUUGCUGACAGUCUGGGGCUGCAUUGCCUGGCUACCAUCUUCUUACAUCUGCGCAAACUUCAGCGUGCUGGCUGUGGGCGUGUGGGCCAUGGCUCAGAGAGACUCCGUAGACGCUGUACUGAUGUUCCUGAUUGGACUGCUGCUGACGAUAGUGAUCGACAUUGUCCACUUUUCAGUAUUUUACUCGGUGUCCCCAGCAGGAGACUUGUUCCGCUUCAGCACAGGAAUGGCCAUCUUCAGCCUCAUCCUGAAACCUUUCUCCUGCUUCUUCGUCUAUCAGAUGUACCGUGAGAGGGGCGGAGAAUACAACAUCAACUUCGACCUGGAGACGUCAGUGGACAGCCGUUGCACCACAGACAGCGCCGAUACCACUUUCCUUGGCCGACGUUACUGAAAGCUUCCUCACUUCUUCUCUUUAUUUUUCAUUUCUGUGUUUGCGUUGGUGAAGCCGGUCAGACGCUUUGUUUCUGCGAGCCAUACAUUGUUUUAUUGUGUUUGCCAUUGUAUCUGUGUGUGUGUGGGUGUGUGUGUGGGUGUGUGUGUGGGUGUGUGUGUGGGUGUAUGUUUGUUCUGAUAAAAUCAGGGAUACGUGAUUCUCACCAAUCCAUCAGCGCAUUCAGUCUAAUCUGUGCAUUUAGUCAAUUGUCUAAAAAAACAAAUAAAAUGUGAUAAAUUGCUGCUCAGAUACUAGCUUGAACCCGCUGUCCAAGUGGGUGUGGUCCUAAUAUUCUAAUGAGCAUGCUUGAUUGACCUCUGUUCGAGACUCGUUGCUACAAUAAUCAAAGCUAUACAGUUAUAGAAUUUGACUUACAUCCAAUCCCCAAUUCUCACAUUUUUUAAAAAUAAAAACACAUAGGCCUAAUUUAAGAAUGUACAUUUUGCAACAUGUGGAAGUAACAGGUUUUGACUAGAUUUAUUUAAGAGCUUUCAAAAGGGAAUUUUUGAACGUUUCGGAAAGUUUAUGACAAUCGAAUACCAAAGUUGUUUUGAUGUUUGCGCACUUUGUCUUGAACCAGUAGAAUGUGCGCUGCUUAGGCAGAGAUGUGUUACUGGUCUUAAGUAAGUCCAUCAGGCUUGUAUAUGUGUAAUAAUCACAGCGCAGCUUUUUUUUUUUUCUUCCUGACGUUAAUGGUUCAUUCUGGAGCACAAUCAAUGCAACUUCCCCAUUCCAUAUUUUACACCCAUUCCUUUUCAAUCAGGAGUCUGGGUAAAAAAGAUGCGCAAGGGAUUGUGGGAAUGUGAGCGACAGGUGAAAAAAGUUGAGCUUCAUGCAAAUUAGCAGCCACUGCCCAAUCAAAAAUCAAGCAUGAGAAGUAGCUAAAAGUACGAAAGCACAAACCGUAUCUCCGUUCUUUGUAAUGGAGUUGCACGACCGUGAAUAAAAAAAUAAAAUAAGCGUCGCCUGACAGAACAAGUAGCACCUAAACAUUCAAAUUACUGUAAAUCUAGCUAGGGUUAGCUAAUUAACAGAAAUAAUAAUAAAAAAAACAAUACAGAUUUGAAAUGCACACUUUCUUUGAAACUGUGUAGCGGCAUAGAUGUUUACAAAGAGGCUUACAAAUGUAAUCAUGAAAGCCAUCUCACAAUCAUUGACGCGAAAUAUCAGACAGUCGUAUGUAAAUACCAUUAGACUAGAGUAAGAAGAAAGCAGGUCAAAUGAGGAAGAAAAGUCAUCGCAGUGUAUGCCUUGACUUGUAAGUAGGAAAUUAGAACUCGGACUUACAAAUUUCUUCUCCAAAAUCUAUUGAGAUAACUGUGAUGAGUGAUGUAAGUUUGCCUCAUAAAAUCAGUGGACUGUAUAGUCAGUGUUAUAGACCGAACAGAAUAUGUCUAUGUUGAUUGAUGUAAAGGAAAUACUAGUUUAUACACACAGUGUAACGGAUUUCAAUAUGCAACGUACUACUUUUGUUUACUGUUGAUGCCGUGAGCAACCAUGUUGGUUUGAUGUCACGUACGUGCUGAACACAGGGUUGAGGAGACCAUUCCAGUCUUCCUUGUUGAGGAGGCAUGGGAAAUUUUGAGGGGAAUGCAGAAUAUUUAUAAAAUGUAACACUACAGUUUUAAGUUGUCUCAAAUAUCCAAACACGCUGGAAUUCCAUAUUUACUUGAAAAGUUGCACAUGAUUUUAUAGGCAGAGUGAAGGGUCAGUGGGGGAACAAACAACUUCAAAGUUUUCAUUGGUGAAACUGAUCAUAUACAUUAAUGGUCCACUACUUAUUUCUACUUUGUAUUCCUUUUGACCAGUGACUGAAUUGAAUUUGACUUGCAUUUAUUUAUUUUGAUGAUUUCUUCAUUUCUUGUUUUAAGUUAUUUUUGGAUGUUAAGCUGUAUUUUAAUAAAUCAUACUAAAGAAACUGAGGAAUCAUUCUUUUCAUCAAUCUGACUGAAUUUACAGAAUAUGAAUUUUGUAUGUAUGAAAUAAAUACACAUCACAUUCGAUAAAAUCCUUUUUUUUCCCCUGUAGUGUAUUUAAUACAUUUACAAAUUUGUUAUUUUGGUUUGUUUUGAACUUGCUCUUUUCACCUUUAAAAAUGUAUACUUCGAAAUUACAGGCUUUUGAAUUGUAUUUGGGGGUUUUGAUAUACAAAAAUACAAAUUUAAUGUAAAUUAGGCCAAAGGCAGAGAUUCGGGAUUCCCAGGGAAAAGUAGACCCUUUCAGAACAAUGAAAAAGUUUUUAUUUUCUAUUCAAAUAGCCAGUUUUCUACACUGAUGUUAAACUCUUGAUGCCAAGUGUAACUAUUUAAAAAGUUUUUUAAAUAUUUAUGUUCUAGCUAGUUAGGCUAGGCUGACGUUAGCUUGAAUGUACUAUUUAAUAUGAAUGUAGCCAAUUUCAGUAGACCUUUAGCUGCAGUAACCUCAUUAUGGUUCAUAUCUUCUGCUUUGAUUUGAUUUAAUUCUACUCCAUGACUCUUCACUUCACUUCAGUGAUGCAAGCGUGGUGUGGAAUAUGACUGAGAUUUAUGAUUAUGUCAUAAUUUCAGAGUGUGACAACUUUUAAAGCAUCUUCUUUUCCCUGCGAAUCCUGGACAUUUUCAUGUGUGACUUAAUUUACAUAAAGUCCCUAUUUAUGAUAUUUGAAUUUUUGAGAUUUUAAGGGUCAAAUCGCAAAACUGUAACCUGUAUUUGUGAAUAUGUUUUUAAAGGCAAACUCUAGCAAGUCCAAUACAAAGACAAAACAUUGGCAAAAAUGUUCAUUUUGUUGUGUUAAACAACAUGAAACAUAGAGCCUUUUGUAUCAGAACACCCAGUUUUAGUAGUAAUAAUAAUAGAUUCGGAGGGGACUGUAGUUUUCUAGAUGGUUGCCGCUUACAGAUUAAGGUGAGAU